UCUCCGCAGCGGUUUUACGACAGUCUCGGCCGUAAAGCGAAGGGAGCGGCAGCGAACGGAGCAGGAUGGAGCCGCGCUUCACCCGCCCCAAAGCCCCCUCCCUGGACCGCCCCCUGUGGGGCUCCCGCUCUGAGGUCCCGGCCGGAGCCUUCGCGCUGCUGUUCUCGGAGCUGGUUCAGUACAGCCAGCGCCGCGUGCGCUCGGUGGCGGAGCUGCAGGCGCGACUGGCGCGCCUGGGCCGCCACGUGGGUCCUCGCGCCCUCGAGGCCCUGGCGGCGCGGGAGCGGCCGGGGCGCCGGGACACGCGCCUGCUGCCGGCGCUGCUGUUCGUCAAGGGGCCUCUGUGGCGAGGCCUGUUCGGGCGCGAGGCCGAGCGCCUGGAGCAGGCCAACGACGACGCCAGGACCUACUACGUGAUCGAGCGCGAGCCGCUGGUGAACGCGUUCGUGUCGGUGCCGCGGCACAACAGCAGCCUCAACUGCGCCGCGUUCACCGCGGGGCUGCUGGAGGCUGCGCUCGCAGCCGGAGGCUUCCCCGCCAGGGUCACUGCUCACUGGCACAAGGGAACCACCCUCAUGAUCAAGUUCGAGGAGGGAGUGAUCGCCAGGGAGAGGAGCCUGGAGGGGAGGUGA